GUUUUCAACUCCUCGUUCCGCGUCCGCGUCCGCGUCGGCAGAGGCAGAAGCAAGAAGUGAAGUGAAUCUCCAUUGAAACCAGAGAGAGAGAGAGAGAGAGAGAGAGAAAAGUGGUGAAUUGGAUCCUUCCAUAUGUGAGUGUUGAUCCAACGGCGAAAUGGCUCGUCCGUCUUCUUCAGUGGCUUUGAAUCUGAUUCUCCUUCUGUCCUUGUUUCUCGACCUCGGCCUCUGCAAAACCCUAAAGCGUGAUGUGAAGGCUUUGAACGAAAUCAAGGCGUCUCUGGGAUGGAGAGUGGUGUACGCGUGGGUCGGAGACGAUCCCUGCGGCGACGGCGACCUCCCGCCUUGGUCUGGUGUCACCUGCUCUACUCAGGGUGAUUAUAGAGUAGUUACUGAACUGGAAGUUUAUGCAGUGUCGAUUGUGGGGCCUUUUCCUACUGCUGUGACCAAUUUGUUGGAUCUUACAAGGCUGGAUCUCCAUAAUAACAAGUUGACUGGGCCUAUUCCUCCACAAAUUGGACGGCUGAAGCGUCUUAGAAUACUUAAUUUGAGGUGGAAUAAGCUACAAGAUGUCAUUCCUCCUGAAAUAGGUGAAUUGAAGAGAUUAACACAUCUAUAUCUGAGCUUCAAUAAUUUCAAAGGGGAAAUCCCCAAGGAGCUUGCAAAUCUUCCUGAGCUUCGUUACCUCUAUCUACAUGAAAAUCGUUUUGUUGGCCGUAUUCCUCCAGAAUUGGGCACUCUGCAAAACCUUCGGCACUUGGAUGUUGGCAACAAUCAUUUGGUGGGUACCAUAAGGGAACUCAUACGCAUUGAGGGAUGCUUUCCUGCUCUUCGCAACCUCUAUCUGAAUAACAAUUAUUUCAGUGGAGGAAUUCCAGCACAACUUGCAAACUUGACGAACUUAGAAAUCUUGUACCUAUCCCACAACAAAAUGUCUGGUGUAGUACCAUCUGGGCUUGCUCAUAUUCCUAGAUUGACUUCCUUGUUCUUGGAUCACAAUCAAUUUUCAGGGAGAAUUCCUGAUGCCUUCUAUAAGCACCCUUUUCUGAAAGAAAUGUACAUUGAAGGAAAUGCAUUCCGGCCAGGUGUGAAACCCAUAGGUGUACACAAAGUCCUCGAAGUUUCUGACACGGAUUUCCUCUUUUAGUCAAGAUAUCAACAUAUUUUUUUAUUUAUAUAAUGUUGUACUUGUAUGUGCAAAAACAUAUGUUCAACCUAUUCUCUGAAUAAAAAGAGAAAUUUAGCUUCUUUUU